UCUUGGACAUUUAUAAUGCUCCUCAACUUAUACAUAUAGGCAUAUAUAGCUUGCUCUAGUUCAUGCAUUGAGCGGAUCAACUUUUCUCCUUGUAACAUAAUUUUAAGCACUAGAAAUUUGUUUUUGUACGUAAAAAAAAUGAUGGUUUUCAGGCUAAGUGUGGCUGUAUUGCUCCUGCUAACAUUCGCACCGCGGUGUACUUACUCACAAGUACCUGAUCAACUUUUUGUGGGCAUUACAAUGGUGAAAAAUACCACUGCAAAUGGUCUUGGAGCAUAUUGCUUGGACGGGAGUUUACAUGCAUAUCGUUUCAGCCAAGGAUUCGGUUCUGGUGCAAGUAACUGGCUUUUGCAUUUUGAGGGUGGUGGAUGGUGCAAUGAUGUUCAGUCAUGCUUGGAGAGGACGAAAACUGAUGUUGGAUCCUCAAACUACAUGAAAAAUGUGGAAGUCUUUUCUGGGAUCCUAAGCAACAAUAUAUCCCUCAACCCAGACUUCUACAAUUGGAAUCGCGUUGUGCUUAAAUACUGUGAUGGUGCUUCCUUUGCUGGCGAUUCCAAGUUUGACAAUGGGACCUCAUCGCUUUACUUCAGAGGGCAAAAAAUUUGGCAGGCAAUAAUUUCUGAUCUUCUUCCAAAAGGGUUGGCACAUGCAGAGAAGGCUUUGCUCUCUGGCUGCUCAGCAGGGGGUUUAGCAGUGUUUCUGCACUGUGACAACUUCUCCAAUUAUCUACCAGAAAAUUCUACUGUCAAAUGUAUCAGUGAUGCCGGUUUUUUCUUGGACGUAAAUGAUGUAGCCAAGAACGACACUAUUAGAUCCUUUCACCAUGACGUCGUUUCUCUUCAAGGAGUAGAAAAGAAUCUGAACCAAAACUGUACCAGUUCUCAAACCAAUCCUAAGCAAUGCUUCUUUCCACAAUAUUUCUUGAGUUACAUCAAGACUCCACUUUUCGUCUUAAACUCUGCAUAUGAUACAUGGCAGUUAAAUAACAUCUUGGUACCAUCUUCGGCUGAUCCUGGGGGAAGAUGGAAUAAUUGCAAAAACAAUGUAUCAGGUUGCACUGAUAGUCAAAUUCAGAUACUACAAGGUUUAAUAUAUUUCCUUACUAGAGUACCAUUUUUCAAUCCUUAUACUUUCAGUUAAUGAAACUUUUCAAAAAAAUCUGUGAGUCCAUUGAACCCUUCCUGUAUCCACCCUAUGACUAGAGGUGCUAAUUUGGAUGUUUAGAACGGGUCUAAUGAGG